CCCCAGGAAGCCUGCGUAGAGCGGCGGAGGCAGCCGGAGAUUGCCGAGUGGCUUCGGCAGGUCGCAGUGGGACUUGAUCGCUUUCGGGAACUGCGCCCGACUGAGUUGGGUCUGUAAGGCGGCGGUGUCCGGAGGCGCGGCUGUCGACAUGGGCGCGUGCCUGGGGGUCUGCUCUCUGCUGAGCUGCGCAUCGUGCCUCUGUGGUUCAGCUUCUUGCAUAUUAUGUGGCUGCUGCCCGUCUACGAAGAAUUCAACUAUAACGCGCCUGAGCUUCACCUUGUUGCUCUUCCUGGGGACAGUCGUGUCCAUCAUAAUGAUAAUUCCAGGCGUGGAGGCACAGCUGUACAAGCUUCCUGGAUUCUGCACGGGAAGCAAUUCGCUCGUGGGCAUCCAAGUUGACUGCAAGGCCUUCCUGGGUCUCAAAUCAGUGUACCGCAUGUGUUUUGCCACAGCAUCGUUCUUCUUCCUCUUUGCCUUGCUGAUGAUCUGUGUCAGGAGCAGCAAGGACCCGCGAGCUUCGAUACAGAACGGGUUUUGGUUCUUCAAGUUCCUGAUACUGAUUGGAAUAACCGUGGGGGCCUUCUAUAUUCCUGAUGGAACAUUCACAUCUGUUUGGUUCUACUUUGGCGUGGUUGGUUCCUUCUUCUUUGUCCUCAUCCAGCUCAUCCUCUUGAUUGAUUUUGCUCACUCCUGGAGUCAAAUUUGGCUGCGCAAUGCAGAUGAAGGCAACAGCAAGUCCUGGUAUGCAGCUCUGUUUUUCUUCACCUUUCUGUUCUACGCCGUCUCCAUUGCUGCUGUCGUGCUACUCUACGUGUAUUACACCAAACCAGAAGGCUGUACUGAAAGCAAGGUCUUUAUCAGCCUCAACCUCAUCUUCUGCAUUGUGGUGUCUGUGGUCUCCAUACUGCCCAAGAUCCAGGAUGCUCAGCCUCACUCUGGCCUUCUCCAAGCCUCCAUCAUUACCCUCUACACUAUGUAUGUCACAUGGUCAGCUUUGGCCAAUGUACCAGACAAACGCUGCAAUCCAACUCUUUUGGUAAGAACGGCAGGGAACGGCACAGCUGCUCAGCCUGUGAAUGGCCAGCCAACUCAAUGGUGGGAUGCCCCAAGCAUUGUAGGGUUAAUCAUAUUUGUCUUCUGCACCCUCUUCAUAAGCCUCCGUUCCUCGGACCACACGCAGGUGAACAAGAUGAUGCUAACAGAAGAAAGCCCGGCUAUGCUAGGGGGUGGAAACACUAACAUUGAAGAUGGGGUGCACCGGGCUUAUGACAAUGAGGAGGAUGGAGUGUCUUACAACUAUACCUUUUUCCAUAUCUGCCUCCUCUUGGCUUCCCUCUACAUCAUGAUGACACUUACCAACUGGUACAGGCCUGAUGAAAGCCGCCAAGAGCUGACCAGCCCAUGGACUGCCGUCUGGGUGAAGAUUUCAUCCAGCUGGGUUGGACUUCUCCUUUAUGCCUGGACUUUGAUUGCCCCACUUGCCCUUCCAAACCGUGACUUCAACUGAAACUUCUCAAGAGUGUCUUACUUCCCAAGUGGAAGAGUUACACAGUGCCAUGAAAAAUAAGCAAGCAAGAUCACUACAUUCAGACAAAUCUACCACUUUUGUGCCUUUGUUUGUUAAAAAUGCCUAAGAAGAACUGUUAAGCUGGUUUAAUCCACUUAUGUGUGUGAGACUUGACACACAUUUGUGGUGGAGGAUGUGUGCACAGCUUCUUUUCCUUACGCUAAUGGCCUUCCAAGUAUGUUGUGAAGUAUCUGAGGAACUUACAUGAUGUCGCCUUUCUUCUUUAAAAAGAUAUUUGGCAUAGGAAUAACUCUAUGUGUUCUUUUUUAAGUAGUGGUUUAAAGGAAUUCUUCACCACUUUGCCUUGUUACAUGAAGCCUUUUAAAUAAAUCUCAGUUCUUUUUG